GCGGCACCUGGAAGUCCCGUGGGUGGCGGAAACCAAGCUUUUAAUUCGUUCUGUAUAGUUCUGAAUUUUUGCCUAUUUUUAAAAAGCACGUUUUAAAUGUUUUUAAUGGUUGCCUUUAUGCUACCUUUUAUUCUGAUAACCCCCUGGAAAUGCGAGUUUGCGGCAAUGUAUAUGCAAAACAAAACAAAAACAAAAAACUCCAGACAGCUGUGUCUCGUCUCAUCCCUCGUCUCCUCCACAAGAAAAGCAAUUGGAUUAACCUUCAAUUCGCACGCACGCAUGAAGGAUGCGAGCCGCCGAGCCCCGUUGUCUUCUCUUGGACGAGGGGCCAGAUGGCGAAGGCAGCUCCACUGAAAAAAAUUUAUGGGCUUUGUGGGCGUGACUCGCCUGUUGCUAGGUGAUGCUGCCAUGGUUGCGCGGUUUUACGCGCAAGCCCCUGCGCUCCAGAUGGAGAUGGAGCCGCUUGGAUGGUCUCUGCUCUUGUUCCUGGGGACAGUGGCUAAAAUGCUCGGGGUCUCUUCUGGCUCCUCCUGGCACUUCCUUCGCCACUUCUACUUGGGGGUCUCAGAGCCCACCCAGGAUCUUCCCUGGUUCACUCAGUUGGGGUUUGUGGAUGACCAACUCAUCACUCGCUAUGACAGCAACACAAGGAGGGACCAGCCUCAAGUGCCCUGGGUGGAGAAGGAGGAGGAUCCCCGGUUCUGGGAGCGGGAGACCCAUCAUGCUCGGGAGGCUGAACAGUUUUUCAGGCAGGCCUUCCAGAUCCUGAGGAGCCGCUACAACCAGAGUGGAGGGCUUCAUACUUGGCAGUGCCUGGUUGGCUGUGAGCUGAGCAAUGACAGGAGGCAGAAAGGAAGGUUUAUGCAGUGCGGCUAUGAUGGGAGGGACUUCAUCAGCCUGGACAAGGAGACCUUCACUUGGACAGCAGCUGAUGAUGCAGCCCAAGUCACCAAGAGGAAGUGGGAGACUGAUCCAACCAUUCCUGGGAUCUGGAAAGGCUACCUGGAGAAGGAAUGUAUUGAACGACUCCAAAAAUAUCUCAACUAUGGGAAGGAGAUUCUGGUGAGAACAGAGUCCCCAGUGAUGAAGGUGAUACGCAAGAUGGGCCAUGAUGGCCUGGAGACCCUCAUCUGCCGAAUUGAUGGCUUCUACCCCAAGGAGAUUGAUGCCACCUGGACAAAGGAUGGGGAGGUCUGGGAACAUGAGACCUUCCGUGGGGGUGUUGUCCCCAACUCAGAUGGGACCUACCACACCUGGCUCAGCAUUGAGAUUGACCCCAAGGACAGGAAGCGUUACCGGUGCCAUAUAGAACACGACACCCUUCUGGAACCUCUGGAUUUGUCAUUGGAGGAGCCUGUGCCUGUGAGGAUGUUUGUCGGGGUCGUGGCUGCUAUCCUACUGGUUACCGGGAUCAUUCUCUGUACUGGGAUCAUGCUCAAGAAACAGCAGCAAGAAGCUUCCAGAGCAACCCAAGAAGCAACAUUGAGUGUUGGACCAACAGUGGGAGGAAGGGAGCCUUUCAUCCCUCUCACUUAGCCUCUCUGACCAUCCAUCCAGCAACUAUCCAGAGCUUGAUCACCACAUAAAUGGGAAAAACAUUGAGAGAGCCAGGCCUUCUCGGAGACAUGUUGAGGUAGCAGGAGGCAUCCCUGCCAUGAUCUGACCUGCCCUCUGUUGUUGUUGUUGCUGCUGCUGCUGCUGCUGCCACCACCAGAUCAUUUCAAUCCCCUUCUCCACCAGCAGUGGAUUUCAACAGGAAGAAGAGAAGAAAGCAGAAAAAGAGGUGGUGGGGAGAUGUGAUUUCUUGUCACCCUCCUCCAAUUGUUUUGCACUGUGCCCGUUUCUAUAAUCUCAUCCUGUUAAAAUCACAAUUCAAAGAAAAGCACCAGUGUGCCAAGACAGGCAACCUGGGGGCAAGUUUUCACUGCAACUGCUGCAGGGUGGGGCAAAAGCCAUGGAGAGAUGUUAGCUCAGGAGCCACCCACAAGAGCAGUGAAAAUAAGGUUCCUUAGUUGCUGCAGUAGACUAAUGUAUAUUGGCCUUAAAACAUGACCAAGAUAGCGUGCGCGCGCACACACACACACAUGACAGUUUGCACAACUAUUUGGGGGUGAAUUGGAGGGUUGGGGAGCACCUACACUAUUACCAACACACAACCAGAGCACGAGGUCUGCCAUGAAGAUGAAUCAACACCAGUCAACAUUCCCACCUGGAGGGGAUGAAUAUUAAGUUAUGUAUUUAUUUAUUUAUUGAUGUUUGUUUGUUGAUUAUUUAUUGUUGUUAAUUUGUUUUUAUUUAUGUUUGAUUAUUUAUUGUUAAUGUUGUUAUUCAAUUUAGUGUGUUUGUAUACUGCCUCAAACUUGCAUGUCUGGGCCGCUUAAAAUAAAUGCAACAUAGUAAAAAGUGCAAUUAGAAUAUUAAAACCAUUUAAGAUAAACUCUCA